AAUUAAACAAAAGACUGGGAUUUCAGACUAAUGGCACUUGAACUUCAAACUAUCGACACUGUACAAUACUGCUUUGAAGCUGGAAAUGUGUCUUGUCUUAAGGAAAUCCGACCAACUGUGGUAUAUGUGGUUCUUUAUAUAUUUUCUGCAGCUGUUGUAAUGCUUACUAUUUGGGGAAACCUUUUUGUGAUGAUUUCAAUAUUUCAUUUUAAACAGCUUCACACUCCAACCAACCUGCUCGUUCUUUCUCUGGCUGUGGCUGACUUUCUAGUGGGAGCAACUGUAAUGCCAUUCACAGUUAUUCGAUCGAUAGAAAAAUGCUGGUAUUUUGGCAGUGUUGGUUGUACUAUUCACAGUAUUUGCUUUCUUGUUUUAACUGCUGUUUCCAUUGGUAGUUUAGUGCUUAUUGCUAUUGACCGUUAUUUUGCAAUUUGUCAUCCAUUCUUUUACUCUGCUAAAGUUACAAUCCCGGUCACUUGUAUAUUUAUAGCCAUUAGCUGGACAGUAUCUCUAUUUUACUCAUUAUCAAUUCUGUACUUUAAAGGAUAUAUUGAUGAUGCAAAAGAAUUAAAUAUUUGCCCUGGAGACUGUGCCUUUGUAUUUAAUACAACAUGGGGUACAGUUGAUAUGAUUGUAACAUUUAUUAUUCCUUUUCUGUUAAUGAUUUUAUUUUAUACACUCAUAUUUAUUGUUGCAAAAAAACAUGCAAGACUAAUUAAUAAUAUGUCAAAACAUGUAAGGUCUUCUGAAGGGAGGAUGUUUAACUUACCAAAAAAAUCUGAAACAAAAGCAGCCAUAACGUUGGGGAUUGUGGUAAUAGUAUUUAUUCUUUGCUGGGUUCCUUAUUACAUUUCCACUUUCCUUGUUCCUUACAUGAAUGUAGAUGAUCCUUCAGUUAUACUUCAAGCAUUUUCUUGGGUUGCUUAUUGUAAUUCUAGUAUGAAUCCAAUUAUUUAUGCUUUGUUUUACCCCUGGUUUCAAAAGUCGGUUAAACUGAUAAUAACCUUCAAAAUAUACAGUCCAGGCUCAUCUUUAAUUAACCUGUUUCCAGACAGUAAUUGAUUAUUACUAUUUUUAAGUUAUAAACUUUUAAUGUACAUUUCAAUGCUGCUCUUUAAGCUUCAUACAUUUUUAAAUCAAUAUUUCAAAUUUAAAUCUCAAUAUUGCUCUGUAUUGUAAUAAUGAUGAUAAGAAGUUUUUCUUGUGUAGCAAAUGUUUUGUGUAUCCCAAAGUUAUUGUUUCAUUUUACUGUUAAUGUUUUUUAUUUUGGUAGCAAUAAUUAUGCAUUUUUAAUCAGAAUGUAAUUAUAGUGGCAUUACAAACACGUUUAAUAUACUUUGUUCUGUCUUUAUUAUUUUGUUUUAUUAAAAAACAUCUAGAGAAAUCAUAUGGCUUAACUUAGAUUUUAUUUAAAUGUACAGAGCAGCACUGCAUAGGGGGGAGCACAUAAACUAGUCAAACAGAAUCCAGUUUCUUUUAAUUGUAUUUUCAUUCUGUACAUAUUUUAAAUCUCAUUACUGUUUAAUAAAAACUUAAAUUAUUUAUAAAGUAAUAUAAAAUUCAUGAGAACACAGUUUGAUGGUUUAUCUUAUAUUGUAACAUUUUUGGAGUCCGCGAGAAAGUGUUCAUCUAUAAUAAAUCCUACAGUACAAGUGCUAAAAUCAUAAAUUACUCAAUGGGUUACUAGUUGCUUUAGAAACUAGAUUUCCAAAUAUUCAAAAAAAAAAAAUGAACUGAAAUGAAUUAU